CUGUGCCCCUACACUGGGGAUGUAAAAGGACUGAUGAUGAUCUUUGUAUUAAGUUUUUUUCGUGUGGUGUUUACUAUAAAGAGUUUUUAUUAUUAUUAUACAUAGCAAAUAAACGAUUACCAUAUUAUGUUAUUAUUGAAAGGUUAAUUGAGUUAAAUGUCAUUUUUGGCAAUCCUGAGUUAUUGCAGUAAAAAUUUGCUGAUUUCAAAACUUCAUCUCACUAUCACCAAAAAUGUUGCUUAAACAAUUCGCCUUCCACUCAAUAUAAUGUUUGCAAACAUUUUUAUCUAAAUCAAUAUUGCUGAAAUGACAAUUUUACUUUUUUCAGUAUGCUUGAUUGGUGGUGACUGUGAUACAACAAAAACACGGAUAACAAGAUUUGCUAACUAUUUAAGGAAUUUAUUGCCCUCAUCUGAUGUUGGUGUGAUGGAACUUGCUGCUAAGACUGUUGGUCGCUUAGCUACAGUGUCUGGUGUUAAGAGAGCUGAGUAUGUAGAAUUUGAGGUCAAAAGAGCAUUUGAAUGGUUGUCUGAGGAGAGAAAUGAAGGCAGGCGGCAUUCAGCUGUACUUUUGUUGAAAGAGUUGGCUAUAGCUAUGCCGACUUAUUUUUAUCAACAAGUUUCAGGAUUUUUUGAUCACAUUCUAGUGGCCUUGAAAGACCCUAAGUUACAAAUAAGGGAAGCUGCUGCUAAGGCUCUUAGGGCAGGCUUAGUAGUAACUGCACAAAGAGAAACAGCAAAACAGUCAACAGCUAAGCCUCAAUGGUAUAUGCAAUGCUAUGAAGAAGCCAUGCUUUGUUUUGAAGAAAUUCCUUUAAAAGAAAAAGGGAUAAUUAAAGAGGAAAGAGUUCAUGGAGGCCUCUUGAUACUUAAUGAAUUGUUAAGAUGUUCUAAUGCAACUUGGGAAAAGAAGUAUACAUUUUUGAUGCAGAGCUUAGAUACACAAAAAGAUAUUACUGUAUCUGAUGACAUCAUUUUUAUUAGUACCAAACUACAUAGUCCAUCAGUCAAGCGUGGAUAUUUAUGUGAUGGUUUUAAAACUGAAAAUGUCCAGUAUCCUGUGCCCAUUUAUGAAUCCGAAGUGUGUCGUAAAUUGCUUACUGAAAAAUUUGAAAGGAUUUGCCAUGAUGUUAUGGCUCAACGUCAUCUUAAAAACCAGGGAGUACCUCAGAUUUUACUCAUUAUAAUUCCAAGACUAGCUGCUUUCUGCAAAGAAUAUUUUUGUAAAAAGUAUCUUAAUUCAACAAUGCAUUACUUAUUGGUAUCACUCCGCAGUCGCGAAAAGGAUAAAAACAUGGCUUUUACAACUUUAGGGCUCAUGGCAGCUGCUAUUGAAAAUGACAUUCAUAAUUACAUCCCCAAAAUAAUGGAAGUCAUUAAACAGGCUUUGCCUUUGAGAGAUACUCAGAGCAAGAGGAGGGUAUGGAUUGACCCUUCAAUAUUUGCUUGUAUUACCUUAUUAGGUAGUGCUGUCAAGGAUUUAGUAAUGAGUGACAUAAACGAACUUCUGGAAGCUAUGUUUGCAACAGGUUUAAGUCCAUCAUUGACAAUAUGCUUAAAAGAGUUGAGCCAAAAUCUUCCAACUCUAAGAGAGGAAAUAUCAAAAGGAAUGCUUAAUAUGCUAUCAUUAGUCUUAAGAAAUAAACCAUUUUUACAUCCAGGGGUCCCUAGAAACUUAGAGCCACAGACCACAAUGAGUCUGGUUAUUGAACCUCAAGAUACCAGUAGUAUUGUAUUAGCUUUGAGGACCCUUGGCACAUUUCAAUUCGAAGGUCAGCAUAGCCUUCUCACAUUUGUUAGAAGGUGUGCGGAUCAUUUUUUACAGAGUGAUCAACAGGAAAUCAGAUUAGAAGCUGUCAAAACUUCUGCAAAACUUUUAGCAGAUGCGACAAUCCGAACCAUGUCAACGCCAUCAAAAACACUAACUAUGCUGACUGCAGAAGUAAUUUGCAAGUUGCUAAUUGUGUCAGUUACUGAUCCAGAUUAUGAAGUGAGAUAUUGGGUUUUAGAAUCUCUACAUGACAUUUUUGAUGUGCAUUUAGCACAAAUAGAGAAUUUAAGCUUCUUAUUUAUUGCCAUGAAUGACGAACAUUUAGAAAUCCGAGAAUUGGCAAUUUGCACAAUAGGACGCUUAAGUACAGUAAAUCCAGCUUAUGUUAUGCCUGGUUUACGUAAAACCCUUAUACAAUUUUUGACUGAAUUAGAACACUCUGGAAUGAGCAGGAAUAAAGAACAGGCAGCUAGAAUGCUUGAUAAUUUGAUUUUACAUGCUCCAAAAUUGGUGAAACCUUAUAUGGAAACUAUACUUAAUGUUUUGGUUCCUAAAUUGAAAGAUUCCGAUGCUAAUCCUGGAGUUGUUAUCAAUGUUUUAAAAGCUGUAGGCGAUCUGGCUGACGUACACGGUGAUAACAGCGGUUUAAAAAAAUGUUUGCCAGAACUGUUGACAAUCCUCCUUGAGUUGUUGUCUGAUGCGAGUGCAACAGAAAAAAGAAGUGUGGCAUUAUGGGCAUUUGGUCAAUUAAUAAGUGCAACUGGAAAUGUUGUAACACCGUACACGGAAUAUCCAAAUCUAAUGGAUGUAUUGUUAAAUUUCUUAAAAACUGAACAACAGCCUAAAGAUCGAAGGGAAACAAUACGUGUUCUGGGGCUUUUAGGAGCACUAGAUCCCUACAAACAUAAAAUAACUCGAGGAUUUAUUGAUGGUCAACCUGAUUCAAGCUUAGUUCCUGUUGCUGAUAGCAAAGCUGAAGAAAAUAACUUUGAUAUGACUACAAGCGAGAUGUUAGUUAAUAUGCCGUCGCCUGUUCUUGACGAGUACUACCCUGCAAUUGUCAUAUCUACGCUAAUGCGGAUAUUGCGAGAUCCAACUUUACAGCAACACCACACUAGUGUGGUCCAGGCAGUUACAUUUAUUUUCCAGUCUCUAGGUAUAAAGUGUGUGCCUUAUAUAUCGAGAGUGACCCCAAGUCUACUAUAUGUUGCACGAGCUACAGACAAUAACAAUUUUAGAGAAUUUUUAUUUACCCAACUUGCGAAAUUAAUAGCCAUCGUUAAGCAACAUAUACGCAAUUAUUUAGAUAAAAUAUUUGAUCUCAUCAAAGAAUUUUGGACUCCAAAUAGUCCAUUGCAACAUACCUUGAUAUUACUAGUAGAGCAUAUAGCUGUAGCUCUGGGUUCAGAGUUUAAAGUUUAUAUGCCUCAAUUGAUGCCGCAAAUAUUGCGCGUACUAGCUCACGACACAAGUAAAGAUAGAUUUGUGACAGAAAAACUUUUGUAUGCUUUACAAAAAUUUGAGGAUAACCUUGAUGACCACAUGCAUCUUGUCAUUCCAUCGAUCGUUAAAUUAUUCGAUGCAACAGAUUGUCCAAUAAAUGUUGCUAAAGUCGCCAUGGAGACUGUGGACUAUCUCUCUGACACAUUGAACUACAGUGAACUCGUUUCGAGAAUAAUUCACCCGCUUGUGAGAAGCCUCGACACUUGUCCACCUCUACGAUCUACAGCAAUGGAUACACUGUGCGCCUUAAUUGUCCAGCUAGGGCGAAAAUAUAAUGAUUUCAUACCAUUGGUACAAAAAGUGAUCACAAAGCAUAGGAUACAACAUGCCAACUAUGACUUAUUACUUUCUAAAUUACAAUCGAGCCAAACUUUCUCAAUGGAUGAAUUCUUACAAAGUACGAGACGUAAACCACGGAAUAAUAAUCAAGAGGCUCGCAUUUUAGUGUGUGAAACAUCUCAAUCGAUUCGCAAGUUGUGCGUAAAUGCACACAAUCUGAAGCUCGCGUGGACAGUUAGUAGCCGCGUCUCCAAGGAUGAUUGGCUCGAGUGGCUGCGCCGUUUCAGCAUCGGCCUCCUUACUGAGUCGCAUAGCCCUGCACUUAGGGCAUGUUUGGCUCUCGCUCAUAACUACUCGCAGUUACUUCGCGACCUAUUUAACGCUGCAUUCGUGUCAUGUUGGACUGAGCUGGACAACUCGUCGCGAAGUGAACUGUCCAACGCGCUAGAACAGGCUCUUACUGCCCCUGAUGCACCAGAACUAGCCCACACUGUUUUGAACCUAGCUGAAUUCAUGGAGCAUUGCGAGAGUGGUACUUUGCCUAUUUCAACACAUUUACUUGGAGAGAGGGCUAUGCAUUGCAGGGCUUAUGCUAAAGCACUCCAUUACAAGGAAGAAGAAUUUCGUAACGGCGCCACUUCUCAAGUUGUAGAAGCUUUGAUACAUAUAAAUAAUAAAUUACAACAAAAAGAAGCAGCAGAAGGACUACUCGAAAGAGUAAUGGCUCAGCGAGAGGCGGGAGACACCAAUUUGAAAGUGCAGAUAAGGUGGUAUGAGAAACUUCAUAAUUGGGAGAAAGCUCUUCAUCUCUAUGAAGAAAAACUAUCUGAGGAGGCAGAUAAUAUGGAAGCGUGUAUUGGUGAAUUACGUUGUUUCGAAGCUCUGGGUGAAUGGGUCAAACUUUAUGAUACGGUUUCAAAGCGAUGGUCUGCUAUGUCGAACGACGAUAAAUACAAGGCAGCAAGACUAGCCGCGGCCGCCGCGUGGGGAUUGAAGGAAUGGGAAUCUAUGGAGAAAUAUGUCAACUUUUUACCCGAAAACACACAAGAUGGUGCUUUUUACCGAGCAGUUCUCAGCAUCCAUAACGGAAAAUUCGAUUUGUCCAAACGAUACAUUGACCAAGCGCGCACUUUGUUAGAUUCUGAACUAACAGCUGUGGCUGGCGAAAGUUACCAAAGAGCAUAUGGUGCUUUAGUUAAUGCUCAGCUGUUGGCUGAAUUAGAAGAAGUUAUUACGUAUAAGUUGGUAGGAGAAAGGAGAGAAUGUAUACGUCAAGCUUGGUGGACAAGGUUACAGGGUGGGCAGAGGUUAGUUGAGGAUUGGCGGAAAAUUCUUCAAGUCCGCAGUUUGGUAUUAACGCCCCAAGACGACAUGGCCACAUGGCUUAAGUUCGCUUCGCUGUGCCGAAAGAGUGGAGCGCCACGACAGGCGCAUGGGACAUUAGUAAUGUUAUUGGGAACAGACCCCAGUGAGAACAAAGAUCUGCCCUUACCUACUCACGAACCUAGACUUACCCUAGCCUAUGCUAAGCAUUUAUGGGUAGCUACCGACAAACAACUGGCAUAUAAUCAACUACAGCGUUACGUCGAGACCGCUGAAGCCGGUGACGCGGAACACUGCCGGCUGUUGGCGCGUUGUCAUUUGAAACUCGGCUCUUGGUGUGAAUCUUUACUCGGAAUCAACAGACAUUCUAUUCCAGAAAUAUUAGAUAAUUAUGCUUCAGCUAUAGCACUAGCACCCGAUUGGUACAAAGCAUGGCACGCCUGGGCAUAUAUGAAUUUCGAAACUGUUUUGUUCUAUAAACACCAGGACACCAGUGUAGCUGACUCACAACUUGUAGAGGUCAAACCUACAGCUGAAUGUAUUCAGAAUCACACAGUUCCAGCUGUCGAGGGAUUCUUUAAAUCAAUCAACCUUUCUCAUGGUAGUUCUUUACAAGAUACUCUUCGUUUGCUUACCUUGUGGUUUGAUUACGGGCAUUAUCCAGCCGUUCAUGAGGCACUAGUAGAAGGAAUAAGGACAAUCGAAAUCAACGUCUGGCUUCAAGUAAUACCUCAACUUAUUGCCAGAAUUGAUACACCAAGGGCUCUUGUGGGGAAACUAAUUCAUUCACUUUUGAUCGAUAUUGGGAAAUCACACCCUCAAGCUCUUGUAUAUCCACUGACGGUAGCUUCUAAAUCGUCGUUUGUGGCGCGGAGAAAUGCUGCUAAUCAGAUCUUGAAGUCUAUGUGUACCCAUUCGAGUAAUUUGGUCAAUCAAGCGGCAAUGAUAUCUGAGGAACUUAUUAGAGUAGCUAUACUAUGGCAUGAGCAAUGGCAUGAAGCGCUGGAAGAAGCCUCAAGGUUGUAUUUCAGUGAACAUGAUGUAAAAGCAAUGUUUAAAACGUUGGAACCCCUACACGCUAUGUUGGAAAGAGGACCGCAGACACUUAAAGAAGUAUCAUUCAGUCAGGCUUACGGGAGAGACCUUAACGAUGCACAGGAGUGGUGUAAUCGAUUCAAGGAGUCGGGUUCUGUACGGGACCUGAACCAGGCGUGGGACCUGUACUACCACGUGUUCCGGCGCAUCAGCCGGCAGCUGCCGCAGCUGACGUCACUCGAGCUGCAAUACGUGAGCCCGCGGUUGCUGAACUGUCGCGACUUGGAACUCGCGGUGCCCGGCUCCUACGUGCCUGACCAGGACCUCAUCCGCAUCGCCCACAUACAGACCAGCUUACAGGUGAUAACAUCAAAGCAGAGGCCACGUCGACUCUGCAUUCGCGGCUCCAACGGGAAAGAUUAUAUGUUCCUCCUGAAAGGUCACGAGGACUUGAGACAGGACGAGCGCGUGAUGCAGCUGUUCGGUCUCGUGAAUACUUUACUGCAGGCCGACCCUGAUACGUUCCGGCGCGACUUGGCCAUACAACGAUACGCCGUCAUACCGCUCUCGACUAACUCCGGCCUCAUUGGCUGGGUACCGCAUUGUGAUACCUUGCAUUCCCUUAUCAGAGACUAUAGAGAGAAGAGGAAGUGCUUACUCAAUAUAGAACACAGGAUCAUGCAACGCAUGGCCUCAGAUUUGGAGAAACUGAUGUUAAUGCAAAAGGUGGAAGUAUUCGAACACGCUCUCGAGCAUACCGCUGGCGACGAUCUAGCCAAGCUUCUCUGGCUGAAGAGUCCCUCCUCUGAGGUGUGGUUCGAGCGUCGCACCAACUAUACGCGCUCGCUGGCCGUCAUGAGUAUGGUGGGGUAUAUACUGGGAUUGGGCGACAGACAUCCCUCAAAUAUCAUGCUCGACAGAGUCACUGGCAAGUUUUUGCACAUCGAUUUCGGCGACUGCUUCGAAGUCGCCGUGACGAGGGACAAGUUUCCAGAGAAGAUACCUUUUAGGCUAACCAGAAUGUUGAUCAAUGCAAUGGAGGUGACAGGAAUCGAAGGUACUUACCGAAGAACGUGCGAGUCCGUAAUGGAAGUGCUUCACCGUCACAAAGAUAGCGUGAUGGCGGUACUCGAGGCGUUCGUAUACGACCCGCUGUUGAACUGGCGGUUGGUGGAAGCUUCUAGACGCGCGGACGAUUCGCCGCCCUCGCCCGCCCCCGCCCCCGACCCCCCUGAGACCCAUCUUAACAAGCGGGCGUUGGCUAUAGUUAACAGAGUUCGCGACAAACUAACCGGCCGGGAUUUCCCACAUAUUGAUGAAAAUGUCACCGUUCAAAAACAAGUCGAGCUACUUAUAGAACAGGCUACCAGUAACGAGAACCUCUGCCAGUGCUACGUUGGCUGGUGUCCGUUCUGGUAAAAUAAUCUGGCAUUGAAAAUACUAUACCUUCCAAAAUUAAAAUUGUAUCUCAUCGUAAUGUGACCAUCGACAAUGAAUUUAUUGGCUACGUCGUAUGGUGUUCUUUGUUAACUUAAACGCAAGUUAAUCCUCAUCGACCGCGCCGAAGGAGGCGAAAGAAACGAAUUAUAGGGUUGUUUGUAGUAAAGCAUGUGAGUCAUCGCACACCAAAUUCAUAUGCGAGUUGUAAACAAACACGUUUUAUUCAUCUCCUUCGGCUCGGCUUGAUCUGAUAGAAGCACACGUUAGAGCGUAUAAGGAUUACCGAAGAAUUCAAGAAGGUGCGAUACGAUAGAGUUUGUAUUCUACAGUUGCACGUCGGUUUACUGCAAAAGUU